CCCUUUCCUGCUCCCCAAGCUGUGAUCUCCAAUCCGUGACUCAGAGACUUGCAAUCCUGACACUCACUCACUGCAAGGGAGGAAUCCACCGGAGCAGGAAGACCCAGAGAGAGCAAGGCUCUGGAUCCCACCAGUUUGCAGGAGGCGAAGGAAAAGAAGGGGGGCGCCUUGCAAGCAAACUUCCUGAGUCGCUUUUGGGGUGGAUUUUUCCUUGUGGAAACUUAAGCAAAGCGGGGCACUGGAGCCCAGGAUAUGAAGCCGAGGCUUGUUUACCUUCGGCGCCUGCGGAAAGGGAGAUUCUGACUCCAAAUGGACUCACGGUUCCUUUUGAAUCACAGUGUGUAAAUCGGAAAGGCUGACAAACUAAAAUCUGGGUCUUACAUCUCCACAUAUAUUAGAAGUGAGAUUAUUUUUGUAUUGCCUUUGGCUUAAUCCUCACGCACUAGAAAUGGACUGGCUGUUGGUUUGAUUUCCCCCUGCACUUUUCAACCAUGAGUCUGCAGGCUCAGCAGAAGUCUUCAAACAAGAGGGGAGGGAAACGGCAUGCCUAUUAUAGCGAACCACCUGGACUGCUGAAAGACGCCGAACAGCAACAGAUAAAAGAAGAGCAUUACUACGGCCAUGUAGGUAAUAUGCCUGCCUCCCAAACGAUGGAGCUUACCAAGUCGGGAGUCUUCAGUGGAGUCCCCAGCAAUGCAGCUCUGCUGAAUUCUGUUUAUCAAGAGCGAGGGGAGGCCCGGAUGACUCCCCAGCAGUUAGCCGCUGCUAAGUGGCAGAACUCCUUGAUGGGGAAUCGGUUGCCUGAGCGGAGCGAGGCCAGUUGGCAUCCUCCUCAGCCUGGAGUGUGGAAUCAUGGCAUGUUGUAUGGAGGAGGCAGCCAGAAAGGGGGCCACCCCAAUGCUGGCAUCCAAGAAUUCUACAGCCACCAAGAGACCCUGAAAAGAAACAGGGAGAAGGGUGCCGUCAUGUCACAGCUGAACAUGUAUGGAGAUGCUGUCCAGCAGAUGAUGUCUCAAAAAGCUCAGCUAGAACAGCAAGCCCUGGUCCGUCAGCAAGCUCAGAUGAAUCCUUAUCAGCAAAUGCAGAAACAACACCAACAAACUCAGAACCAAACACUUCCUUUGCAGCCUUUCCAGCUUGCUUUUGGCCAUCAGGGCCAAAAGCAAGGGCUCCCUGAACUGUUGCAUGUCUUUCAGCAAGCUCCUACUUCCUCCAGCCCAGCCUUUACCACCCAGCAGAAGCAACAACAAGCUCUUCCACAGAUGCAACUGUUUGAAAACUUCUAUCCACAGCAACAGCAUCACCAUCACCACCAGCAACAACAACAGGCAUCUUCACAAGCCUAUGGCCUUCAGCCACCUGCUUCUGUAGCGCAGCCUCAUGCAACAGCACCUCCUCAGCACCACAUGGUUUCUCAUCAGUACCACUCUGUUUCUGAGAGGAGCCAGGAGCUGCUGAAGGCCCUAACAGAGCAGAACCCACAGACUGUCCUGCCCCAAGCCCAGAUUCCUCUUCCAAGGAGAUCACGGAGGCUCUCCAAGGAAGGCGUCUUGCCAGCAUCUUCUGCAGAAGAUGCCUUGGCAUCAAAGCUGGCUGAGGAGUACUCCAGCAAUGUGCUGUCCCAUCACUGGCAACUACAGCAGCAUCCAGACAUCCAGUUUCGGCAUCAGUCUGAAAGAUUCAGUCACAAUAAGGACGGUUAUUCACAGCAGAACAAAGGAGAGGUGGAACAUGGGGCGCUGCUAGUGGGAGGUCAGCCAAGCCAACCUGAAAUGGAGAAAGUGAAAUAUGAGAAUGUUAGAGAAGUCGAAAAGCAGAUGGCUAUAAACGAAGGCCUUGUCCAGAGAGCAAAUGACUUCAGUGGAGUUAGAGGUGGUGUCAUCCAGAGCACACGGAGACGGCGACGUGUUUCUCAAGAAGCCAACUUGCUAACCUUGGCUCAGAAGGCUGUAGAGCUGGCUUCUCUUCAGGAUGUCAGAGAACCAGAAACUACACAAGAGAAGAACAACAGCGAGGCAGCUGUAGCUGCUCCCCGGAGUGUUGUGGAGUUUGCCAGCUCUUCAUCUACCCCAAAGCGAGCCCGGGAAGACAGCAGCUUAGUGCCUCUUAUCAUUCCCGUGUCUGUUCCUGUGAGGAGAUUGGACCCUCAUGAGAUUGGAAGGGAUAGGAGUGAGGACAACAAGUACUUUGUGACCAAUGACCGGGGAGUUUCAGAAAGCAAGCCGUCUGUAAUCGUCACUCGGAGAAGGUCCAAUCGCAAUUUGAAUAUGGACACAUCUGCCCAGAAUGAAGCUCCAAAAGAAGAUGCUGAAAGUUUUGCACGGAAACCAAAGCAACGGCCCAGACCGGAACCACUCUUCAUCCCACCCAAAGCUGGCACUUUCAUUGCUCCACCGGUUUAUUCCAAUAUCACGCCAUACCAGAGCCAUUUGCGCUCACCGGUCCGUUUGGCAGACCACCCUUCGGACAGGAACUUUGAGCUACCUCCUUACACUCCCCCGCCAAUAUUGAGCCCUGUACGAGAGGGUUCGGGACUCUAUUUCAAUGCCAUCCUUUCUGCCAGUGGCAACUCCGUUCCACCCCCCAUAACUCCUAAAAGUGGGCACAGGACUCUGCUCAGAUCAAAUAGUGCAGAAGUCACACCUCCUGUCCUUUCUGUCAUGGAAGAGUGUACUCCUGUCAGCAUUGAGCCACGGAUCAAUGUAGGCCCUCGUUUUCAAGCUGAAAUCCCACCUCUUCGAGAUCGAUCCUUGGCAGCCUCUGACACAGCCAAGGAGGAGCUGGUAUGGCAGCCAUGGAAAGAACUGGAAACGAAUCCAUCUGUCCUGGAGAAUGUGGAGAAUCUGGUAACUGCUGCAUGCUCAAGUAUAUUUCCUGGAGGUGGUACCAACCAAGAGCUGGCAUUUCACUGCUUACAUGAAGCGAAAGGAAACAUUCUGAGUGCUCUGACCAAACUGCUGCUGAAGAAGUCUGUGAGGUCUUCCAACCAUCCAUUGGUAGACUAUCACUAUACAGGAUCAGAUCGGUGGACUGCACUUGAGAAAAAGCUCUUCAAUAAGGGAAUUGCCAUCUACAAGAAAGACUUCUUCCUAGUUCAGAAACUUAUAAAAACCAAAUCAGUGGCUCAAUGCGUGGAGUUCUAUUACACUUACAAAAAGCAAGUCAAAAUAGGUCGGAAUGGGACCUUAAUCUUUGGAGAUGUUGAUGCAACCAAUGAAAGAACGGUUAAAGAUGAAGCAGAAGUCGAUAUAAAGAGCUCCCAUAGGCUUACCCGAACGCUUCCUCCCAGAACAUACAAUGAAGAUUAUGAAAACACUGAAGAUGAGGAUGAUGAAAGGGAAGUGCAGAAUGAAGUGGUUAUAAAAGAGGAAGUGGUAGAAGGAGACGAGUCGUAUGACAAGAGCAGCAACGCUGUGCCUCCCAAACCUGCACAGACGUCACAUAUAGAGGACCAGGUUGGCAAUCUCCCUACGGAAAGGCACCAAGAUCCCGGUGGUCCAAGAACGGCAGAGUCCAGGGGCAGAAGCUCAAGGAGGGCGAAAGAGGCACCCAUUAAAUAUCGGAAGACCUCUCCUCCUGCACAGAAGAAAAAAAGAAAGCCAAAGCCCAAACAAGAGACUGCCAACAAAGUCCAGAACCAAGGGGAAGAAUAUCCAUGUAAAAAGUGUGGCAGAAUCUUCUACAAGGUGAAAAGUCGCAGUGCCCACAUGAAAAGCCAUGCUGAGCAGGAAAAAAAGGCUGCGGCUCUGAAACAGCGGGAGAAGGAAGCGGCAGAGGCAGCGGCAGCAGAGGCAGCGGCGGCAGAGGCAGCUCGGAGCCAGACCCGGCAAGCGGGGAGUGGCGAGAGCGGGAGCAGCAGCGGGAGCAGCAACAACAGCAGCUCAGAUGAAGAUGGGGAGGUCUAGCAAAGGCCCCACCGCAGUCAAGGCCAAAGUCUCGGACCCUCAGGAUAUGUUUUUGUCGAUUGCCUGUGCUGUUCCUCAGCGGAAGACGGCUCUGGGCCUCUUGCUUCCACUUCUUUCCUUGCUUUGCCAACACAGAUUGUCUUGAACUGGUGGAGCGUAAAAGAAAAGGUGUGACUCUGAAAUUUAUAUUUUUUAAAGAAAACCAAAUUUUUAUGAAUCACUUUAUUUAUAAAUAACUGUUUCAGCACCUAACUAUGGAAUGGAAUUCAUUUUAUUUUAUUUUUUUGCUCAAACCACCCUUCCUUGUUCUUGCCAAGAAUCAUGACAGUAAGCCUGACCAUCCAAAUCUGAGAGAGAUCUACUGAGGCAUCUGGAUGUGGAUGAAACUUGCUGUACAACUUUAGGAAUUUAUAAUGUUUACUUUCUGC